GCUGCAUCACCGGAGUUCUUCCUUGCUUCUUAGCCUCAGUAAAAUACAACUUUGCAACAUUGCAAGUGAGGUCGCGUUCGUUUAAAGUCGACCGAAUUUUUGGAGACGAGAAAACACCCCACAGAGGCUAUUUAUUGGAAUUUACCAACAUACAAGCCAGGUGACUUUGGCCUUUUAUUUUCCUGAUGGACGGCGUUGCAGUCGCUCUUUAGUGGAAAAAUACUAUUUCGAUUCUUUCCAAGAUCAGACAUUAAGAGUGCCAAGAAGAUGCAGAAGCACGUGGAGGUCAGGAUAGACGAGGGCCACUUGGAGCCCACAGUGGACGCGACAGACAGCAUAUGCAGCACUCUCUGUGAUAAGGUCAUGAAGAACAUGGUUCUCACGCUCACAAUUCUCGGGGUGUUUCUCGGCUCCAUUGCUGGAAUGUUGCUGCGGCACAUAUCGCCUCUCCCUCCUGAUGUUAUUUUGAUCAUAAGCUUCCCGGGGGAGAUCCUAAUGAGGAUGCUGAAGAUGCUUAUUUUGCCUCUUGUUGUUUCCAGUCUUGUCACAGGACUGGCGGGCUUGGACGCUAAAUCCAGCGGCCGUUUAGGCACCAGAGCCAUGGUUUACUACAUGACGACGACGGUGAUUGCAGCUGUCUUGGGGGUGAUCCUGGUGCUGCUCAUCCAUCCCGGGAACCCCAAGCUGAAGGCCAACCUGGGCCAGGGAAAGAAGAACGACGAUGUUUCCAGUAUGGACGCUUUAUUCGAUCUCAUCCGGAACCUGUUCCCAGAAAACUUAGUGCAAGCCUGCUUCCAACAGAUACAAACUGUGACCAGCAAAAUCCCCGUGCCAACCAACAGAACCAAAGCACCCCCGCAGUUCACAGUCAAGAGGUCCCUCCAGUUCAAGAGUGGGAUGAAUGUUCUUGGUUUAAUUGGAUUCUUUGUUGCUUUCGGAGUCAUCAUGGGGAAAAUGGGGGAAAAAGCCAAGUUGAUGCUGGAGUUCUUCAACGUCCUGAACGAGAUCAUCAUGAAGAUUGUCGGUGCGAUUAUGUGGUACUCGCCUUUUGGUAUCGCCUGCCUGAUCUGCGGGAAGAUCAUCUCCAUUGCCGACCUCGAAGUGGUCGCCCGGCAGCUGGGGAUGUACAUGGUCACCGUCAUCGUGGGCCUCAUCAUCCACGGAGGCAUCUUCCUCCCACUGAUAUAUUUUGUGAUAGUCAGACAAAACCCUUUCAAGUUCUUCAUGGGAAUAUUCCAGGCCUGGGUCACGGCUCUUGGAACGGCAUCCAGCGCCGGAACCUUGCCGGUCACGUUCCGAUGUCUGGAGGAGAACCUGAAAAUUGACAAGAGAGUAACGCGUUUCGUCCUCCCCGUGGGCGCCACCAUCAACAUGGACGGCACCGCGCUCUACGAGGCCGUGGCUGCCAUUUUCAUCGCUCAGAUGAACGGCAUCGAACUCGACUGGGGCCAGAUUGUCACAGUCAGUAUGACGGCUACCCUGGCCAGUGUGGGAGCGGCCAGUAUCCCGAGCGCCGGACUGGUCACCAUGCUGCUCAUCCUCACAGCAGUGGGUCUGCCCACUCAGGACAUCAGCCUCCUGGUGGCUGUGGAUUGGCUCCUGGAUCGAUUCCGUACUUCAGUCAACGUGGUGGGCGACUCGUACGGCGCCGGUAUCGUGUACCAUCUUUCCAAAGACGAGCUGGACUCCUUCGACGCCCAGCAAAGCAGGCUGGACGACUUCGAGAUGGCUAAAACGAAAUCCUUCUUUGAAAAUAACGCCAACCAGAACGUUUACGCUCACCACAACUCACUCUUGAUAGACGACUGCAAGGUCACCAUGGGCAAAAAUGGCAAGACUUCAGGGUUCUCUCUUGUCGAAGAGGAACCGUGGAAAUGCGAGUAAAGCAGACCCCGGAUGCUGCUGCGCCUUACCUUGAGUUCCACGAGCGUUUUCCUUUUGAUGACAAAACCGUACACAGAAUACCACAGUGACAAUUUUUUUUUUUUUUUUUCAUUUUGGAUAGCUUCACGGCAUUUAGAUUGUGCUUUUUUUGCACGGAAUUUCAACGAAGCGGUGCAUUUUCAGCACCGACAGAAAAAAGAAGGUUGAGAAGACUCGGGGCCUUACUCGGUGCGAGCUUCCUGUUUUGUCAACUGCAGAAUUCUACGACCUUUUGUAACAUCUCACGACACUUUUGUAUUCAAACUCUUUGUGCUGCGUUGAUAGCCGAGAUACUCUUUCAUGGACAAUGGCUGUGCCAGUUUAGUAAGAAGACUAAACUAUUUUGCAGACGAUAUGAAAGUUGUGUAAAAUGAUCCGGCUUUAGAAUUUUUGAUGCUUCGAAUGUGUAUUUUCUUUUUUUUUCAGUUCGGGGUAAUGGCUACGACAAAUGUUAUAGAAAUGUUGACUGUAGGUUUGAAAUGAAAACACGGUCCAUAGGUUGGUCUUUGGGGUAAUUAUUUGAGAUCUCGAAUAACAUCAGUUUACAGAGGAAGAAACCAAGAAGAGAGAGACAAAGAGGGAUGGUAGGGGUUGGUCAAAGUGUACCGUCCUGGGAGGGGGAAGGUGUUGUGAUCCGGUUCCCCGAUCACAUCUUUAGUCUACACUGCAAAAAGUCAGUGUUCGAAAAAAAGAAAAAAAAAUACAAAAAUGAGGGGUAUUUUACUUGAACUAAGCAAAAUUAUCUGCCAAUAGAACAAGAAAAUUUGGCUAGUCAAGACUUUCCGAAACAAGUAAAAUUGGCUAACUUCAAUGAACCCAAAAAUACCUCAAAAUAAGUAUAUUCUCACUAAUAACAAGUGUACUAUCAAUCAAUCAAUCAAUGUUUACUUAUAUAGCCCUAAAUCACUAGUCUCAAAGGGCUGCACAAACCACCACGACAUCCUCGGUAGGCCCACAUAAGGGCAAGGAAAACUCACACCCAGUGGGACGUCCUUGACAAUAAUGACUAUGAGAACCUUGGAGAGGAGGAAAGCAAUGGAUGUCGAGCGGGUCUAACAUGAUACUGUGAAAGUUCAAUCCACAAUGGAUCCAACAUAGUCGCGAGAGUCCAGUCCAAAGCGGAUCCAACACAGCAGCGAGAGUCCCGUUCACAGCGGAGCCAGCAGGAAACCAUCCCAAGCGGAGGCGGAUCAGCAGCGCAGAGAUGUCCCCAGCCGAUACACAGGCAAGCAGUACAUGGCCACCGGAUCGGACCGGACCCCCUCCACAAGGGAGAGUGGGACAUAGAAGAAAAAGAAAAGAAACGGCAGAUCAACUGGUCUAAAAAGGGAGUCUAUUUAAAGGCUAGAGUAUACAAGGAUCGGACCGGACCCCCUCCACAAGGGAGAGUGGGACAUAGAAGAAAAAGAAAAGAAACGGCAGAUCAACUGGUCUAAAAAGGGAGUCUAUUUAAAGGCUAGAGUAUACAAAUGAGUUUACUACAGUAUUUGAGUACAAAUUUUCAAUUGUUUCAUUAAAAUAAAAACGGCAAAGUCUAUUUGGCUGUCAUCUGUUUUUAAUAUGAGAAACAAUUGUGUCAAAGUCACGAUUUUGUUUUAUAUUCUUGAAAUAAGAAUUUCUUACUUUAAAAAGUAGUUUUAUACUUGUAAAUGUUGAUGACACGGCUUUGCAACAUUUGAUAUUCUCGUUUCAAACAUGUUUUACUCAAUAUAGGUCAUCGAAUCUCAGCUACAAGCUGUAAUAUCUUACUGAGAUCAUUUAGGACCUAAACACUUAAAACAAGUAAAAAAAACUCUAACAUAAAAUCUUAUGUAUGGCCGCGCAAGUCCCGGGAUGCCCUAAAUGUUCACAACACAUCCAGCCGAGUCCCAUGGGGGAGGGGGAUGAAAGUUGGAAAAGUCAGCAAAAGUCCCAAAAAGGUUAAAAAUACCUACACAGGUUCGAGUCCCACAAGUUCCUCCGCCGCCCGGGAUGCCCAAAAUGUCCAAAACACGCCCAGCAAAGUCCCACAGGAAGGUGGGGAGGAAAGUGAGAAAAGUCGGCGAAAUGUUCAAAAGUCCCACCCGGUUUCGAGUGUGCACUCAAUCAAUCAAUCAAUCAAUGUUUAUU